AUGUAUGUCGGUCCUCUUGAGGACCUAGUCACGCUUUGGAGAAAUCCACGACGAUUGGUGGGUGAGAUUGCUUUUCAGCUGGAUCGCAGGAUACUGGCAUAUGUUUUUCGGGAACAGUCAAGACUGUAUGGAUUCACAGUCCUUAACAUACAGGAUAAGAUACUAGAGGUCUCCACACACCCAGUAACAGGAGAGGUGGACGAGACCUAUAAACAACAGCUUUCUGAGCGUCACAUGGACCUGAGGGACAGACUGCACAAACUAGGCUACAACACGAUGCUUCACCCAUCCUUCACUGAGUUCAUCAUUAACACAUUUGGAAUUCUUAAGCAGCGGCCUGAUCAUCACAGUGCCCAGAAACUGGGAUACAAUAAUCCAGAUUUCUUGCGUAAGGUGAUUGUUGACGUAGCACCAUCAAAGCUUCUCAAAGAUUUAUUGCUUCUUCUGAACUGCUUGUCCUUUAUGGCAAAACAGGAUGGCAAACCCCUCUUUCUGUGGUAG